CCACGAUUAGACAGGCCCGCCGCAACUCUCCCAAUCCUUCUUUCAUCUCCCCCGUCCUCUCGCGAAGACGAACAAACACAGGAGUUGCAGCCAUCGACUACCUCCUCUCCGCCGCACCAGCAUCUUCUUCUUCCUCUCACGGGGAUGGCCUGCUCCCUCCGGCCAGUCGCCACCACCAUCUUCUUCCUCCUCCCCGUGCCGUCAAGCUCUCGCCCGCCUUCAAAAUCUCCCCGCUUCAAGCCCUCGCACACCCAGACUAUUUCUCUGCCGAGAAGUCCCCCAACGCCCGUGUCGACGGACACGAUCCUGAUUUCCUUACCGACCAGCAUCUCCUCUGUUGGAGCUUGCCAACAUCAUCGUCUCAAAUUGGACCCAAGUGCAAGGCGAGGGAUGCUGGUAUCUUUUUCUGAUGCAGGACAAUCUGUUGGUGGUCUCACAAUUGUUCUACAGAAGCUCAUGGGACGAAGCAGUGGAGAAGGCAGCAAAAGAAGAUGAUGCAUACAUGGGAAGAGAGGUUGAUGUCGGGGCUAGCUUGAUAAGGAGGAACUUGUAGUUUCUUGCUUUUUAAUGAAAAUUUGAAGAGUGAUCUGAUUGCCAUUGGAUGUAUAGAUAGUAGUAGCAGUUAAAUUGAAAGUUGCAAAUAUAGGUGUAGUUGUUAUGUUAGAUUUGCCAACUAAACGCGUUUUUGUUUCUUGUUGUCAAUUUCUAUGAUUUUUCAGAUUUACC